CUCCUUCUCCUCCGUCCCAAAGCACAAACCGAAAAGAUGGUCGUAUCACUCAUUGGCAAGACUGUUGUGGUCGUCGGAGGCACUUCUGGCAUAGGCUACGGCGUCGCAAAAGCGAGCCUGCUCUCGCAGGCGGCGCGCGUCGUCGUCGUGGGCACCACCAAAGAGAAGGCGGAGCGCACGGUCCAACGUUUGCACGCAGAUAUCGCCGCAGAGACCGCCAGCGCCCCUGCGGGGACCCUCCCGUCCAUCAAUGGCACUAUCACGCCCGACGCACUCGACGCACACGACCUUACGUCCGUGAGCGCGUUUUGUGAGCGCGUGGGCGAAGUCGACCAUCUUGUCUGGACUAGUGGCGAUGCACUUCGCACAGGCUUCCCACAGAAUCUCGAUGAGAACCGGGACAUAUUUGAUGUACGGUUCUGGGGCGCUGCACAAGCUGCGCAGUCUAUCAAGAUUCGUCCGGGCGGGUCUAUUACACUGACAAUUGGCGCGGCCAUUGCUCGUCCUCGCAAGGGAUGGUCGCUGGUUGUCAGUAUCAUCGGUGCGGUUGAUGCGCUCGUUCGCGGUCUUGCCGUAGACCUCGCUCCUGUGCGCGUGAACGUCGUCUGCCCUGGCAUCGUCGACACGGAGCUCUGGAAAGACAUGAAUACUGCUACAAAGCAGGGUAUGUUCGAAGCCGCCGCGAAGUCACUCCCCGUCGGGCACGUAGGCAGUCCAGAAGAGAUCGCCGAGGCUUACCUUUUCUUGAUGAAGUGUGGUUUUAUCACAGGUCAGCGCAUCGAAGUCGAUGGAGGGAGCAGGCUCGCGUGAGGGUAAUAUUUUGUGUAUAGCAAGAGCCUGUAUAUGAAUGACUGUGAAUAAUACCCAAUCAGAAUCUG